AUGUUCUCCCAGAAAAAGCCGUAUUCGGCAGUCACGGUGGAUAUCGAGAGAUUGACGAGUGAAGCGGUGCCCGUCGAUGAUGUUAGUGGAAUUCCAGACCUCGUAGAGGUCGUCAAUCUCCAAGACACAGGUCCUAGAGAAGCUUCACGCGCCAUCCGGAAGAAGCUCAAGUACGGGAAUCUGCACCGCCAGCUCCGUGCCUUGACCCUUCUCGACGGGCUCAUCCAAAAUGCAGGACCUCGUUUCCAGAGAAGCUUCGCCGAUGAAGCCCUGCUGGAGCGUCUGCGUUUCUGUGGCACGGCGGAGCUAUCCGACCCGGAGGUGAAAAAGAAGUGCAGGGAACUUUUUGCCAGUUGGGCUGCCGAUCAGGAAACUCCUCGGCGCAAACGAGUCGUGACGCAGCAGGAGUCCAAGGUUAUCAGGGAAACAGAGAACCCGUUUGGUGAAGAUGAGGAGGAGGAUGACGGCAAGCCCGGUCCAGCAGGCCCAUCUGGGGGACACUCUAGGACUUCGUCCCUUCCCAGCCCGUUGGCAAAGCAGCCUUUAUCUAGCAGCCACGAUACGAAGAAGUCGAAGAAGGAUAAAAGAACCAAGAGGCCCAAAUUCAACCUGGCAGCCGAACAGGAGCAGAUGAAGAUAGUCAUCGCUGAGGCAUCAAUCGCGGCCACCAAUCUGACAAACACUCUCCAAACCAUCAAUCGGGAGCGCGAGCGAAUUUCCGACAAUCAAAUCGCGGCGCACCGGUUUGAAGAAUGCAAGCAGCUCCGGCGGAAGAUACUGCGUUAUAUCCAACAUGUCGAGGCGGAGCAGUGGCUAGGCAGCCUGCUUAACGCUAACGAUGUUAGCCCGUCACAAAAUGAGGGUAGCCUGUCAGGAGAUGAGGGUAGCCCGUCACGAAAUAAGCGUGGCCCGUCUAAAGUUAAGCUUACGAAGGUUCUCGGGGAGGGCCCGUAUAAAAAUGAGGGAGAGAAGGCAGGGAGCAGCGGUGCUGGUGGGGCUACGCAAGAUACAGGAGAAGAGGUAGGGGGUAGCGGUGCUGGUGAGGCUACGCAAGACGCAGGAGAAAAGGCAGGGGGCAGCGGUGCUGGUGAGGCUACGCAAGACGCAGGAGAAAAGGCAGGGGGCAGCGGUGCUGGUGGGGCUACGCAAGACGCAGGAGAAGAGGCAGAUGGCGAGAGUGAUAAGAUCCUAGUCGGCGAAACCGAGAAGGAAAAGAAGAAACGGCUGAAGGCGCGGGCGAAGGCGGCCAGGAAGAAGAAAAGAGCCGAGGAGAAAGCGAAGAAGAAGGCCGCGAGGGCGGAUAAGCGAGAGGAGGUGAAGAAAAAAAUUGGGAACUUUAUGAACGCUGCUUUCCAGGGGGUGGGGGGCCACCAGUGA